AAAGUAGGUGGAAGGCCGAGACUGAAGUAGUUUCCAGUUUUUUGUUUUGUUUUGGUUUAAGCAUGAACUCUUUAUUCCCUCUUGACAUUGCAACCAAUGGUCUUCUGAAACAGUUUUGUUUGUGUAAUUGUGCUGACUACUGUGCAAAUCGAUAUUCUGGGUUCAUCACCAAGUUAUUUGCUUAGUCUCUGUCUAGAAACUGUAAGAUGAUGGGAUCUCAAGGGGAAGCAACCCAAGAGCCAAAAACACAAUCUUUGGCUUACCAAGGAUCCUCCCUAUACAAUCUGACUCUUGAUGAAGUCCAGAACCAGCUUGGAAGUUUAGGGAAGCAACUAGGAGGCAUGAACCUUGAAGAACUGCUCAGGAGUGUGGGAACUGCAGAAACUACCGGUCAACUAACUUCUGGGUCGUCUCUGAAUCGACAAAACAGCAUGACAAUAUCUGGGGACGUUAGAAAUAAAACUGUUGAUGAAGUCUGGAGAGAUAUACAACACAAGAAGAGCAAUAACCAAGAGGGGAAAUCUCAGGAAAGACAGCCAACACUAGGCGAGAUGACUCUCGAGGAUUUUCUUGUGAAGGCAGGAGUGAUUUUUGAUUCAAAUGUUGCUCCUGAAAACAAUAUUUCGCAACAAGCUCAUUGGAUUCAAUACCAGCUCUCUUCGCUUCAUCAAAAUCAAAAUCACCAUGAUGUGAUGGCAGGUUUAAUGACUGGCCAUGGAGUUCAACAACAGCAUUUGCCAGCAGUAGCGAACCCAGUUUUGGAUUCAUCCUACUCUGAAAAUAUGGUGGCAGCAAUCUCACCAUCGUCUUUGAUGCGUAAGUUAUCAGACACACACAGUCCCGGAAGGAAGAGGGAGGCCUCUGAUGGUGAUGUGGUUGAGAAAACCAUCGAGAGAAGGAAAAAGAGGAUGAUCAAAAAUAGGGAAUCUGCAGCUCGGUCACGAGCAAGAAAGCAGGCUUACACGCAGGAGCUGGAGAUUAAAAUUUCAAGUUUAGAAGAGGAGAAUGAAAGGCUUAGAAGACAGUAUGAAAUGGAGAGAGUGUUGCCGUACGUUCCACCAGCUGAGGGUAAGCGCCAACUUCGCAGAACAAGUUCAGCUUCUUUUUGACACCUUCCCUCAAGUCGACUUCUAGAUGCUCAUUGUUGCGAUCACCUACUUCUCGUUUUCAUGGAUUCAUAAAAAUUUUCGGACAACUUGGAACACUCUUUCGCUUUGGAUAAGUAAAGCUGAUGAUAUUUUUCUUCCCUUUAUUUUCUUUCUUCUUGGGGGAGGUGAUAUUUUAAUUCAAAAUGCUGUUGUUUGUGUUGGUGAUGAUCAUCUGAUGCAGAAUUUCUUAAGUGCAUGGACUUUUACUAGUCUUGG